GCUCUCCUCGUGUUCAGCGCAUGUCCGGUUCCAGACCAUCCGUCGUCAUCGAAACUCCGGCCUUGGCACUCCUUGCUGCUUAAGCUUUUUUUUCUUCCGGUUGGCACCUGGCUGGCACCUGGCAAAAAACUAGCCAAACGGAAAACGAACUUUAAGCUGCCUCUCACCCCUCAUUUUUUUUUCUCUUUCCUUGUUUCUUUAAGCUUACCUACAAAAAACAUCCUCUCUUUGUUGUCUUAUCCCGCGACAUUGCCAGUGUAUUCCCGACUCAUACAGCACCAGCCACACGCACGGCCGCCAUCACCGUCCAUUUACCCGGUUCACUCCUCAAACAGGAAAUUCGGUCAUCCCUUGCGACGCCGCCUGUAACCCUGAGCUACUGCACCACCAUUACCACCUAAAUAGCUAGCUUCUACCGUCGCCUUUUUUUCUCCUUGCUAGCGUUUCGAGACGACGAACCCUUCCAUACACCACUCGCCGACGUCCCGAACUCCCCUACCAAGUCAUGAGCGAAACCACCCCAUUGCUACGUGAUAGCGCGCACGCUCACCACGCCAAUGGCCAUCAUACGCGCCAGCACGGUGGCUCGACCACGUUCCAGUUUCUUGCCGACUCGAGCUACACGCCUGGUAGAGACAGCAGCAACAUCCUCGUUCGCGCUGCCGCAGAGAUUUGGCAUGUUACCAAGGUCACCGUCCUCAGCAGCUAUGUAAACUUCCUCCUCGUCAUGGUCCCGUUGGGCAUCGUUGCUGGCAGACUCGGCUGGAGCUCCACCGCCGUCUUCACCAUCAACUUCUUUGCCAUUAUCCCUCUUGCCGCUGUCCUCUCCUUUGCUACUGAGGAAAUCUCCAUUCCCCUUGGCGAAACCAUGGGCGGCCUGCUCAAUGCCACCUUUGGCAACGCCGUCGAGCUGAUUGUCAGCAUCGUUGCGCUCAAGGAUGGCCAGAUUGAGGUUGUCCAGGCAUCCAUGCUCGGAUCGAUUCUGUCCAACCUGCUCCUUGUCAUGGGAAUGUGCUUCUUCUUCGGUGGCCUUGUCCAUCGCGGCCGCAACGGCGAGGGAACCGAGCAAGUGUUUUCUGCUGCCAUUGCCCAGACUACUUGCUCUCUAAUGACCCUGUCUUCAGCCUCCCUCAUCAUCCCCGCAGCUCUGUAUGGUGUCCUCGACCAAAGUGGCUCCAAGGGCAAGGCUGAGAGCAUCCUCACCCUGUCCCGUGGCACCGCCAUCAUCCUGCUGGUGCUCUACGCCAUGUACCUCUUCUUCCAGCUUCGAACCCACAGCAACCUUUUUGAUGCCGAGAGCCAGAACGAAGAGGGAGAGGAAGAGGAAGAGGAGCGCGAAGAGGCCCACAUGGGCCCUCUCGCUGCCGGCGUUGUCUUGGUUGUUGUUACUGUUCUGGUUGCCAUUUGCGCCGACUACCUCGUCGGCAGCAUCGAUGACAUCGUCGAGCAGGUGCACAUUAGCAAGGCAUUCAUCGGUCUGAUUCUCAUCCCCAUUGUCGGAAACGCUGCCGAGCACGUCACCGCCGUUGUUGUUGCCGUCCGCGACAAGAUGGACCUCGCCAUGAAUGUCGCCAUUGGCUCCUCCAUCCAGAUUGCUCUCGGUGUCACUCCCUUCCUCGUUAUUGUCGGCUGGAUCAUUGAUCAGCCCAUGACUCUCCGCUUCGAGACCUUCCAAACUGUUGCCUUUUCCGUCUCCGUCCUCGUCGUUACGUACGUCGUCCAAGACGGCAAGUCCAACUACCUCGAGGGCGCCAUGUGCCUCGGUCUCUACGCCAUCAUUGCUGUCGCCUUCUACAGCACCCCCAGCGAUGCCGUCGACGUCGGCGGUAUUGGCCCCCACGUUGUUUCUGCCGCAAAGGCAGCCAUUCAGUCAUCAUGACAAUCUUUCUUUCUUUUACUUUCGUAACUUCUAGUGUCUUGGCGUUUCCUGGAGUUUACCGGUGGUCUUUUGUUUCCUUAUUCUUUUUUGUAUGAAUAGUCGAAGUUGAAAACGAAUAUGUCACUGAACACAAUAUCCAAAAUACCCACAAGGUUCAAUACAAUUCAUUACCAUAAUUUCACAUUUUCC